CAUAAACCUAGUGAAAUAACAUGUAAAAACUCACAAGUGCAGUGUGGGAGAGUUUGCAAAAUGGGAGUGGACAGUCUGCCCCCUCAACGGCCGACGUUGCAACUGGAAGCGGGUGCAGGCGAAGGCCCGGGCCCGCCAAACAACAAUGCCGAGGGCGCAGUCGCCAGUCCCCCGCGCGACGACAACCAUAACGCGGCCCAACCAGUCGCCGACCACCGGGCCACGCUGCUCACGCCCUCCGAAGCGGUGAAGCUGUACAGCGACCGCCUGACGGAGUGGGAGCGGACGGAGAUCAGGAAGUACCCAGAGCUGUGGUUCCUGGGGCUGGACUCGAACAAGAUCCACGCGCGGUCCAACCUGCCCAACAACUGCGGCUUCGAUGAUGAGAACGGCAGUUACAACAAACAAAUCCACGACCACAUAGCCUACCGGUACGAGAUUCUCGAAGUCAUCGGAAAGGGGUCAUUUGGCCAAGUCAUUAGAGCUAUGGACCACCGCACGGGGAGUCAAGUGGCCAUCAAGAUCAUCAGGAAUAAGAAACGGUUCCAUCAUCAGGCCCUGGUGGAAGUCAGGGUCUUGGACCACCUCCGAUUGAAGGAUAAGGACCAAUCGCACAACGUGAUCCACAUGCUGGACUAUUUCUACUUUAGGAACCAUCUGUGUAUCAGUUUUGAGCUUAUGAGUAUAAACCUGUACGAGCUGAUAAAGAAGAACAACUACCAGGGGUUCAGCCUGAGCCUCAUCCGGCGGUUCGCCAGCUCGCUGCUGCGCUGCCUGCGACUGCUGGAAGCCGAGAACAUCAUACACUGCGACUUGAAGCCGGAGAACAUCCUCCUGAAGGCGCGAGGCAGCUCCUCUAUAAAGGUGAUAGACUUCGGCAGCUCGUGCUACACGCAUGCGCGAGUGUACACUUACAUCCAGUCGCGGUUCUACCGCAGUCCCGAGGUCAUCCUGGGGCUGCAAUAUGGCACGCCCAUUGACAUGUGGAGUAUGGGAUGCAUCCUUGCGGAACUCCAUACGGGAUACCCCUUGUUCCCAGGCGAGAAUGAAGCUGAACAGUUAGCUUGUAUCAUGGAGCUGCUUGGGCCCCCUCCCCCAGACUUACUCAUCCACGCCACCAGGAAAAGGCUCUUCUUUGACUCAAAAGGCUCACCGCGCAGUGUGACGAAUUCGAAGGGUCGCAAGCGCAGGCCGGGAUCACGGACGCUGGCGACGGCGGUGCGCACUGACGACCCUGCCUUCCUGCACUUCUUGCAUCGCUGUCUAGAAUGGGACCCAAAGCGGCGCAUCACGCCUACGGAGGCAACACGGCAUGAGUUCGUAACGGGUUGUCCUUUGGGCUCUGCGCCCACGGGAGUCCUAGCGCUGCCCAGGCUUGCUCCACCGCGGCCCACGCGCAGCGCCCUGCUGCACUCGCAGUCGGCUGGCGACGUCGCCGCCAUGUUGGGCCGCGCGUGA